AUGCUUGGGCAUCUGAUGAACGCCGGAACAUGGCUCUAUAUCAUCCUCUCCUUGAUCCAAGCCGCCGAUGCUCAAGUCGUCAUCUACACGGCCACCUACACGCUGGUGACCACCCUCACCACGAUCACCACCGCCCCGCCCCCCGUCUUCCGCACCGAUGAGUUCGGGAGCCUGAUCCUCAGCCGCUCCGGACCAACAUGCACGCAGGUCGCCGUCACCACCUACCCUGCCUCCGAAGAAGAAGCCGUUUUUAGUGCACACGAUGCGGGAGAUCUCAAGCGACGGAGUAUCUCGAGCGUCACGGUGGAUGGGGAGCCGGUUGCCACUGAUAUGAUGGUCCUCUACGACAUGUCGUGUUGGUGGGACGACGAGGAUACAGGGAGGGCGACGACAACAAAGACCGCGCUCGGGGUCACGAUGGGGGCGGAAGUCGCGCGACCACCCGGGCCGGGUCGAUCCAGCGCGAAUACGCUUGUUAACCCGAUUAGGGCAGCUAAGAGGUGGUUGGUCGACCCCGUCGUUGCAUUAUACCGGCAGGAAUCGGUAAAGGAAUACAACAGCAUGUAUGUCGGCAAGGUGCCGGCACAUGGAUUCGGCAAGAGGGAUUCCGACAACGAAACGGAAACGGAACGGGAGUCGAAUACGUACUUGGGCUUGGAUUUCUCGGACGAGAGCAUACCUUGGGAUCGCAUCACGAUCGUACUGCUAUUCUACGACUUCGUGCUGUUCAUCGUCUUUCUGCUUGGUCUCCUGGUUGGCCUACUGGAUAGAUACUUGAACUUCAGGAGGAACGGUACCUGGAACGGGAAUUGGGAGGAGGAUCGAUGGAUGGACUGA